AUGCAACUGUCUGCCAUUUCCUCUCCCAACAUAUCUCGUACCAGGAUAGAUACAUCCACCGCAGAGAUGAAUGAUCUGCAGGUUGUAUCUCAGCUUGCUGCCGUGCUGCCUGAUGAAGGAUCAAUUAUGGGCCCCACGUUAUCGCGUGUUCCAAACGCGACGGUGCCGACUUACCAAGUUAGGACUCCCCUGCGCAUGCCUCCUCACUCUGAGAUGGAUGUGAGCGUUACACUGAUAUCCGAUAACGCAUCCUCUUGCGUCUGUCGUACUGAUGUAGCAGGAAAUAUAGAAUGCUUUUUGCGCCCUCUUCUAGAGCAUUUGCAAGGAAACGCAUACGUUGCAAAGUUGUUUGUAAGAUCUCUUGACCUUGGUGAGGGACGCGCAACUGUGGAGAUCUCUCGAAUGUCGCCUGUUGCACAAAUAAUAAUAGAUAUAGUAGUAACGAACGACAUCAAUGUCUCGCGUCUUAGUACAACUGAGUAUAAGCCUGGAGAGUCUAUGCAUGUGUCCUUAAGGGACCAACCUGCUCCACCUUUGGCUUACAGACCUGACUUUGUUCCUCUCCAUGUUCUGCAUCCUCCUGAGCACGGCAAUGUAGAUGACACGCGUGCGCUGGAUAUUACAAGGCAAGAAGUUGCGGGGUUCUAUGAUAGUACUCUUCGCCCUGACGUUUGCCUCACGAAUUCAAGCGAUACGCAACUACUCGACCGCCUUGAAAGUGCAUCAGCUAGUGCAUACGGCAACAUGUCAUUGCAUCAUCCCCACGUCAAUGAGGGCAACUUUAGGCCUCCUUCUGGAGUUGACGUCUCUAAUACUGUAUAUACCUGCCAAAACCACUUUCCUGAUAGAGCAAUUUUGGACCAGCCUAUACCACCAUCUGCCAACUUGGUGGACGUCCGACCCGUCAGUCCAAUGCUUAGAGGCCAGCAUGUAGAGUCGUUCACUGUCUCAAAAAAGAAGUAUAUCAGAGUCCUACCCUCAGAUUGCCUCUUUGGCCCUGCAACCACUGUACACCCUCAAAUGCGUACUAUUAGAAUUCGUAACAUCUACUCGUCAGAUAUACGUGUUGAGUGUGCUAUCGCAUCUCGAUCUUUUGCUUCCGAGAAGCAAAGCAUUUACCCAGAACUUGCUGUAGGAUCAGGAGCAUUUGAAAUAGUUUCUCAGGCGGAGUUCCGUAUACCCGCAUCUGCAGAUCAAACAAAGAACUUUAGAGAGAUCUCAAUCCGCUUUUCUCCUUCCCAUAUUAAUACUAUUCUUCAUGCGGCGAAAGUCAUCAUAAAUGUGGCACCCGAUGUCCACAGCGACCAGCAUGAUAAUCGUGCCUUUCAAAUACCUCUUCUUGGCAUAGCAGGGCGUCCAUUUCUGACACUCAUGGGGGAUGACUUGUCUCGCCCCGAUGCUCUUAUUAAAAUUGGUGACCAAGUAUCUCUCCGAUUGAAGAACGAUGGCCUGGCCCCUGCUUUUGUCAAAACUGCAGCCAUCGUUCAACCGAAGGUUCCAGACGCGUCUGGGUACCUUUCGCACACGGCGUCAGAGGCAUACAAGACCAUACCUGACAGCUGUAUUAUUGCCCCAGGCUGCUCUAAAGAUAUCUUUAUUACACGUACUGGUGUGAGUAAUAAGAAUUCUGAAGAAGAGGAAGUUAUUGAGAUUCGAUAUGGGCACGAAGGUCUUCGUUUGCUUGGAAUGGCCUAUGAAGGCCGCGGACCAUGGGCUGAAUUAAUUAAACAGCUCCAACUCCGCGAGGACCCCCUUCGCAUUAUGGGACAGAAUAUCGAAAAACUGACCAUUAGAUUGAAGGUGUAA